AGGUUUUCUGGGUGGUCUCAAAACGGAAACAGGAAUGUUGUUGUGUCAAGAUUUUAAACAAUGACAAAUUUUGUCACAAUACAGGAUUUUUCAAGGACUUCUAUCAUCGGCAAUGGGUUAAUCAUGAAAUAUACGUAUACAUUCUAACUCAGGAAACUCUUUGUUUUGUUUAUUGUGUGUUCUAUUCGUAAAAGACAGGUUUUCUUAAAUUCCGGCGAGUGGGAGGUGAAUAGAAAAGCCAUUGAAUAUUUCAAAACAUGGAAGACCGAGAAAGCAUAUACUCAUCAAAUUAUUCUCAGUCCUCUAUUCCAAUUACACCUCCGGGAUUAGAAGCAAUAUAUAAUGCAUGUAGAAGACAGUAUCAAGACCAACCAAAUCCUCUCCAAGUCACAGCAUUAGUCAAAUAUUGGCUUGGAGGUCCAGAUCCUUUGGACUAUAUUAGCAUGUACUCUAAUCCAGGUGAUGAAAACCGAGGAAUACCUCCCCACUGGCAUUAUAUAAGUUACGGACUGUCAGACUUGCAUGGAGAUGGUCGAGUACACGAUCAUCAGUUCAGAAUGAAUGGAAACGAAGGACCAAGUGGAUUUGGUUUUGAAUUAACUUUUCGACUCAAACGGGAACAAGGUGAAACAAACCCACCAACAUGGCCUGCCACUUUAAUGCAGGCGUUGUCAAGAUAUGUGUUCCAAACAGAAAAUGUUUUAUAUAGUGGUGACCAUGUUCCAUGGAAUAUGCCAUUGGACGGAAGUGAGUCGAGAAUUCAACACAUGCUUAUGGCAGAAGAUGCACAGUUAUUACCCAUUAGUACACCAUUUGGUAGUGUAAAUUUUGUACAAAUUAUUGGAUUAUGUGAAGAAGAAUUAAGGGCAGCUCAGCAUUGGAAUGGGCCUGGUGUAAUAGAGCUGGUUAGAUCAAUUCCGUGUGCUGGUGGACCAUGGUUAAUAACUGAUAUGAGAAGAGGAGAGACCAUAUUUGAGAUUGACCCACAUCUUCAGGACCGAGUGGACCAGGGUAUAGAGACUGAAGGAUCAAACCUGUCCGGAGUUAACAGUCGCUGUUCCUGGGAGGAACCAGGGGAGGGGUCUGAGGAUUACUUCAAUGAAGAUGAUAACCACAUGCAUGAAGAGAGAAGAAACAGUAAUGAACUGGACAGACCAAGAAUAUCCGAUUUUGAUUCAGAACAAAUAAAAGCAACAUUAAAGAAAGGUUUAACCAGACCAAGUAAUUUUGGUAGAAGAGACUCUAGAGAGAAUUUCGAAUAUGACCGUCAGUCAAGAAAACAGUCAUUUGAUAGUACAUGUUCGGAUGGACCAACAGAAUUACUACGCACUCGCUCAUUGGAUGCAGUACAUUUAAAAUUUAACCUUGAAGCAGGCCAAUUACUUCCCUUGGCAUUACGGGGCAGGUUAAAGCAUGGAAGACAUUUUACUUUUAUGAGUGCUUUAAAUGACACUGCUAUUACAUUAGUAUCAUUGAGUGUAAAUGGAUCAAUCGCAGAUGAAAACCAUCCCUUUGCUGCUCAUGGACCAUGGUUACAGGUAUUAUUAACAGAUGACUUUAUAGAAGAAAUGAACAUGGACAUUGAAGAGUUGUUAAAUCCUGAAGAGGUUGAAUUUCCUAAAACAUAUUCCUGGCCAGAGAGAAGAUUGAUAGUGACAAUUUUACCAGAUGAGGUGUGAGAGAAAUUUUUCAUGGCAAUAAAUGUUCUUCUUGGGAUACUUGAAAUUUGAAUGAGAAAUGUCUGAAAGGAUUAAACCACAUCAGUCGUUUUGUUUUUGUGUCAUUGAAUAACUUAUUUAAAGUGCUAUGAAUGGGACGAUUUACUCAGAUGAAAGUGCUAAAAGUCAAUUUCUUCCUGAAAACUUGUUCAUCAGAAGUUUUGCCUUUAAGGUAUUUUCGAAUGAUGUAUCGUUAUUUGUCAGUGUUGUGAAAAUGGAUGAAGAAAAAUUCCUGUUGUGAAGACGAUGUAAUUAUAUAUCAAAACAUUCUAAAUUUUGGUGAAUGUAACAUUCUGACUGCAUAGCAUUGGAUUGGAUUUUAGUGUAUACACAUGUGUUUUCUGACGUCAUUCAAAACAUUGUUCAUUUAUAUUGUCACCUCAUUUUCAUGAUAUAUUUUAAGUGCAAUCAGAAAAAAUAAUUUUUUGUACAAAGAGAUUAUGAAUUUUGUAUAUUUUCACAUCUGUAAAUACAUACCUUGCAAUUUAUUAGAAUCUUAGAACAGCUGUUAGAUAACAGUGUAGUCGUCACGUAGCUAUAAUAUAUAUAUAUAUAUAGAUAGAUAGACUUUUCAAUUAGAUAAAAGCUUAUCUUGCAUAUAGCUUUACGACAAUACAUCAAUUUUUUUCUUCAAGAUUGAUUUUGAAAUGAACAUUUAUAAGGAAGUCUACUUCAAUAUAUUUAAAAGCAAACAUGUUGUCUGUUCAAAUAUUAGUACGUUAAAAGUGCAUCUGAACAUUUUUCAAAAUGGAAAGUAUAAACCCUAUUAAAAAUGAAUAAAUUAUGUAGAGAAUUUAGACCUAUUGUAAGCAAGUGAUGUGCAUUUCAAGCUUGUUCUGUUUCCCAUUUCAUCUAUAUAAUUUCUGAAAUGCAUGAUAUAAAAAGAGGAUAACUAAUGUUCCCCAUUACUCAUGUUAUUUUUGUUUUUAUGUAUUGUCCUAUUAACCAAGGGAGUUAAUUCAGAAUUUCCUAAAAUAGAAUAAAAAAUAAAUUUGUAAAAAAAAACUUGGCUUUAAAUUAUACAAUUCAGGACCUUAGAGUUAAAAUAAAUGUUUUAAAACAGAAUUAUUCCAUAUUAAAAGCAAUUUUUUUCAGUGUACAUGUAUAUAAUUUGAAUGAACUUUUUUAAUAUACAUUCAAAAAAUGAAACAAUUUCAAAGUAAGUUUAUUUGGUUGUUACCAGGUUGUAGAAGUAAACACAUUUUUGGUUUGUUGUAUAUGAAAAUAAGGUAAGAAUUAAUGUUGUUACUUUCAAAACCAUUUAAUGUUCAGUUUUGCCUAUCUUCUUUAUACAUAGCAUUAUUGUCAGCCUUGCUAAGCUCUUUAGAUAAACCUAUCGUGUAUCAGGUUAAUUUCCUGUGUAUUUAAUUUCUCGCACAUGCAUACAUUUUCUACCCCAUAAAAUCCCUUAAAAUACAUACAUAAAAGUACUUAUAACUUGCCAAAAUUAAUCCCUACAAAAUAUUAACAUACCAUGUUAUUACAUCAGGGAAAAAAAAGUUAAAACUAAAUUUACAUGUAGCUGAAAUACGGUUUAUCAAGGCUUUUGGACAUUCAUUAGUUGUUUUUUGUUUAUGCCUUAAUAUUUGUAUUUACAUUGAUUUGGUUGAACCAAUUUUUUUCUGAUUAAAAAAACUGCUUUUUAAAUGAAAUUGAUUUUAUAACUUUUGUCCUACUAUGACCUGUCUAUAAUUUGCUUGAUGGGUCAUUGGUAAUUGAAUUAAUUAAAAUGUGCCAUGAGAUUUUGCUUAUAAAUUUUUUGACGCAACUAUCACCAUAUGAUCACAUGUUUAAGUGUCAUGGUUUAGUGUAGUCCAGUUUUAUUGAGGAUCUGAUCUAGUUUUGUCAUUGUCGACUAGAUCUGACCUUGUUUUUGUCAUUGUUGACUAGGAUCUGACCUAGUUUUUGUCAUUGUUGACUAGGAUCUGACCUAGUAUUGUCAUUGUUGACUAGUGCACCUGUUUAUUUUAACUUAAAUGUUUUAAUGUUCAGUUAUCUCAGUAAUUUUGUUAAAUUUCAAACUUAACGGUACAUUUUUUUCACAUUAAUCAAAGGUUUUUGACAGAAUAUUUCAUGCUUAGUUUGAUAUUUGGUUGUUUUUGUUUUAUUCCUUAUUGUUAAUUGCAUUUGAAAUGCAUGAACAUUGUUUAAAGAUAGUUACCUUCACAUAUUAUAUGUUUGUUUACAUAACAUUGUUAUCUAAAUGUGUUAGUUUCUUGAUCUCAUGUUUAUUUACAUUAAUAUCAUAAAUCUCAGUUUUCAUUAAGGAUGCAUAUUUUUAGUCCGUUAUUGAUAAAAUAACUAAAAUCUCUAAAGAGAAAGAUAUGGAAACAUUUAAUAUACUCUGGUAUAGUUUGGUAACAUAUUUUAAAUGGAAUUUCUUCAUGGCAUCAAGAUUUACAGUACUUAAGAAAAUACUGGCUUAAUACUUGCAAAAUUUAAGAAAAAAAAAAUUUGAAAAAAUGAAAUCUUUUAUGUAGGAUUUACAUUGUUAGUUUGAAUAUUUUGCAAAACGGACCCAUAUAUAUUUAAACAAAGGUCCACUCUUUUAAUUUUUUCCUCAGCUUUAAAUCUGCCAUAACAGUUCACUAUAAUGUGAGAAUGUAAGCUACUAUUAAAUUUUGAAAGCAAUAUACUUGUCAGAACUUCCAAAUCAAAAUGGUGCAUGUAAAAAUUUUCACCAUUUAGGAAAAUCAUGAGUUGCCUUUUUGGUUUAAUUUAAAAAAGAAUCUUAAUACAUAAUGUUUUAACAUUUUAAUAGUUGUAGAAUUCUGUAGUAUAAUUGCAAAUUUAUUAAUACCAUGCAUAAGAAGCAUGAUACUUAUUGCAGAGACUCAAUUGAAGAUUUGAAAUAUGAUUAUUAUUUAUACAUGUUUUAUUUUGAAUUAACUUGAACAUUAAAUGUGAAAAUAAACAGUUCGAACAUGA